AUGGACAUCCUUGAGACUCACGCCUAUCACAGGCGGCAGAGGAGAAAUAAGUCCUGUGCUCUCUUUCUGUCUCUCUUGCCUUUCUUUUUGUCUGCAGCUCUGUACUUCUACCUUUGGACUCCUGCUUCGCCCCCGUCCAUCAUGUCUGCAGGUGUCAAAUCUGCACCAGUACUCCUAUUGGCUGCAGUGGUGCUGAGCUGGAAUGGAGGUCAGAGUGUCCUAGGUGUGGUGGGAGGACUAGUCUUCUCUGCUGUUGGUGACUGCUGCCUGGUGUGGCCUGAGCUUUUCCUGCAUGGAAUGGGUGCAUUUGCUGUGGCUCAUCUGUUGUACUCAGUUUCCUUCCUGUCCAGUCGUUACACAAAAAACUCCUCUUCCUGCUGGAGCCGUUUUCUCUAUCUGAUCCUGUUUAUGGUUGGAGGAGGUUAUUACACAUUUUUAUUUCCAUUUCUGCAAAAGGACCCAAACUCUGAAGUGCUAACUCCAGCUGUUGGAGUCUACUUUGUCUUAAUUACUCUAAUGGGUCUAUUAGCAGCUAGAACUAGCAACGUAGCAACACUUUUGGGAAGUCUGAGCUUCAUGGUAUCUGAUGCAAUGCUGUCUCUGCAAGUUUUUAAGGUGGUGGCACCAAUGCAGCACGGUAAUACUGUUGUAAUGGUGACCUAUUAUCUGGCACAGCUUCUAAUCGCUGUGGGUGACAUGCAAGCAGUAGAGGACACGGAUGAGUUUUCAAAAUGGAAGAGGUCCUAA